CAAUUUAAGACAUGUAAAUUGAUAGUUAUAUACAAUUUAGUUUCAGCAUUGACUUGACUUCAUCUCUUAACCUUAGGGGUUCGCAAACACACACACACACACAAUGAUCACAUAUGAAUUUAUUUAUUUCGAAAAGUACAUUUGGUGGUAGGGUGUUAUUAAUUGAUCACCUUAGAAUAAACAUAAGAACAAAGUAUAUAGAUGGGAUUAGAAAAAUAUAUGAAUGUGGGGCAGGUCUUGUAUGGUGAGGGGGAUGCAGAGGAAUCAUUAUCAAGCCCAAGUUAGCUGCAGAAAGGGGAGAUUCAAUUGUAUGAAAAAUUGGAUAUGUCUUAAUUUUUAAAUUCAAUAUCAUGUAAUUUUCUUGUUAUAAUAUAUAUCAAAAAUAUGCUUUACCAUUAUAACACACGUAAGAAACUUCACAUUAUUGACUGUUCUAUAUUAUCAAUAUAUAAUAUGCGAAUUUGGCAAUACAUAUACACUCCUUCGAUAUACGAAUUAUGGCCUCUGCAAUAGCUGCAAAAGUCAGCUGCUCAUGAUCCCAGUCUCUAGCUAUAUAUACAGAUAACACAUUCAUUCAUUGACUACUUCCACACACACACAUAUAUAUAGAUAGAUAUAUGAACAUGUGCAUAUAACAUAAGGCAUGUCAAUGAGUGGUGAGUGGAGUUGCAUCUGGGACAAAACUCGGAUAUGAUUUUUUUAGAUUCUACGAAAUGUCAAUGUCCAUCUGAUAUUAGUUCUAACUUUUAUAAGAAAAUAUUAGUUUGAGCUUUCUGCGUCAAUAUGUCUAACUACUAUAAGAAAAUUUCAUUUGAUCAUACUAUAAGUUCUGAUCUGAAAUUAAUUCGGUUACAUAUGAAAGAUGUAAUGAAGAAGAAGGUGAAUUAGGUGGUCCAACCAAAUAAAGACGAUAGAUAAAGAUCAAAGAGUCUCCAUUGUCCCUUCACAAAUCUCAUAUAUCUUUGUUUUUUAGGUUUAGUCGCUUUCCCUUCUUCCACCAACAACAAUGCCAAGAUUUUGUAAAUGUUAUAUUAAAUACCCUAUGGCCUAUUCAGUCACCUAAUUAUUAUUUCUCUUAAGCCUCAUUAGAUCCUAACUACAGAGUUAAUUUAGUUUCUCUUACAUUUUCAAAAUCGAGAUUGUUUAACUGGCCCAAUUAGUAUGGGUCAAUGUAAAGCCCAUUAGUGGCCUGACAAAAUUAUAAAUUAUGGGCCGUUUCGAUUAGAUCUUCCUUUUGGUAGUUCUCUACUUCUCUUCUUCGGCGGGUUUAAUAUCGUUCUUCAAACAUAAUUGGGCCUAAACUGGCUCUAAUGGGCUUUACAUGUGGUUGAGUUACGUGGCACGUUCACGUGAUAAUGAUUAUUUUCAUGAUAAUUAGAGCUGGUCCCAGUGACAUUGAUUGUGCCAGGUCAAAGGUGAUGUGGCAUUAACAAACGAUUAGUUUAAUUAAUCAAAAUUUUCAGAUUAUCACCUCACCAAAAAUCAUGUAGAAAUAGUCAUUAGCAAUAACUAUU